UCAGAGACUGUGUUUGUGAGAGCGGUGAGACCAGGGUGAGACGCGGAAAACCACAGCAGCAAACGCACUCAUUUUGUAGUUGACUGUGGCCGCGUUGUCCCACAUCGCUGCAGAGGGGAUGCGGGUGACCUUCACGUACUAGAAGGAGUUGUGGUUUUAUUUCUGUACAUGUGAAUGAAAUCACACACGUCGACGACAGCAACGUUUCAGUGGCUUUUCGUUGUCAGGACAUUAAGCAGCAGUUUCUUUAGGGGGAAAAUGGUUUAAGAGAGAAAGAGGAAGUGUUUUACCCUUUUGAGGAUCUCAACAGGAAAUCUCAGUCUCAGUCAAUAUAGGAGCCUCUGCACAUUUACUCAGUGAAUCUGUCUGCCUGACAUGUUAAACCUAUAAGCUUUCCAUACAGGCGAAAGGAGUCACUAUCAGUGUUUUAAACAUGGCAGCAGAUCUGGCGUUAGUCACUGUUCUCAUCCAGCUUUUUGUUGAUUUUGUGACAAGUGACAGCAUUGACUUCUACAAUAUCAUGCCUGCUGCAGAAGCCACCCCAUACCCCAAGAGUUUCAAGUGCUUCACAUGUGAACAGGCCUCAGACAACUACAGCUGUAACCGCUGGGCAGAAGAUGUGUGGUGUCCUCAGAAUACCCAGUACUGCAUGACAAUACACCACUUCAACCAUCAUGGAAAGACAAAAUUUGUUACCAAAAGAUGUGCAGUGCAUGAAGAAUGCCAGUUAGCUGGCUGUAGACAUCACAAAAACACACAUCAUGAGUGCGUAUCUUGCUGUGAAGGGAUGGUUUGCAACGUAGAGCUGCCGACCAAUCACAGUAAUGCAGUGUUUGCCCAAAGACAAACCCACAGCUCAGCAGCACCCACUUUCAGGAUCUGGGAUUCUGUGAUCCUGCUGGUCCCAGUUCUCACGGGACUGUUACCAUUGUGAUCCUCAAUCAUAAGAACGUGUUCGGUGAUGAACAGCUCUACAAAUCACUGAGACAAAGGAGACGUCACCCACACUGCAGUAUUAAUACAGUCAGAUGGAUGUUUUCAUUAAGGCCAUGGUAAUAUCAUGCAGGAGAAAGCUAGUAUUCCCAUUCAUCUCACUGGCAGGAUGUUGUAGGAUUCACUAGAAGAAUGUGAUUUGCCAUCUUUGCUGAUGGGCUCACAGAUUUUUUCACGACUGAUCAGUGACUAAUCAGCCUGGAGCCGCAGGAAAAAUUACAUCAUGGCUUGGCUGAUUGGUUAAUGCGCCACGAGAAGAAGAAGAUCACUCACUAGUGACUGUCUGGAGCUUUAAUAUAAGUCAAUUUCACACUUGUCGUCUUCCUUCAAAACAGUUGGACACUGAUACAUAAUCUACUAUAAUAUAAUGAAAUAUUUGUGACUUAGACGUUGCUUGCAAAUGAUUUUAUUCUUUCAGAAAACAAAAUGACGUUUGAAUGUCCGUCAGUGGAGAAGGACGCAUUUUGCAGCCAUACGGUGUAGUUAUGGCAUACCAGCAGGGGCUAACUAUUGUGACUGUGCCAAUCAGCAAAACCACUGGAUUCAGUGAAGAGACGGCUUGUCAGCUAGUGAUGGAGGAACUGUGUGCACGGGAAGUUGCAGUGUCAGGAAGGUCUGUCAAUGGAAUACUAGUACCGCUUGUGAUGACUGCUUACUAAUGACGUGCUAAAUAGGACAGAGAAACAGACGAGUAGCAAAAUAGAAUUUAGCAGCUAAAGCAGUGUAACUAACUUAUGCUGCCUCACUGGAUUUGCACUGAGCAAAUUGAGGCUCACACACUGAGCAUUAGUAGUCCCUAUGUGGGAUGGUCCUAUGGCUCUGGUCCCAGAUUCUGUCACACAGGCCGAGCACAGCAAUGAGAGGAUGCGGGAAGUGUUGCUCUAGUUUUCUAAAUGGUGCGAAUGUCUCUAAAAGAGAUCUUGACUGCUGCAUAAAUGUCACUGCUUUAAGAACAUGGACCUGCAUCACGUAAAAGCAAUUAACAAAACGUAUUAACAAAUUAAGCAUAUUUUGAGUUAUUCUGACUUGACUAUUGCAAAUGCUGUCAUGUUUUAUUGUCCCAAAAAACAAUAGAGAUAAAAAUUUUACCAUAUUUAACUAACCAUAAUGUGUCCAUGCACAAUAUUCUAUUCUAUUUAUUUAUUAUCAAUAUUCUAUUCAUUUAUUAUGCUACUAAUAUUUCCUUUACGAUUUGGCAUUAAAUGAAAAUUCAUCUGUUUUCUAAAUGCAUUUUAACUUGUGAACAAUUCAUCUGUUCGUUUAAAUUUUUUUGACCAUCAUUUUUAAUCAAAAUGUCAUAAACCGCUCCACCAUCCUACAUUUGACUGCAAGUUCACAUUUAGCCGAUCUGCCUCCAUCCAAUCAACAACCGAUGGAUAGAACCGAGUUCCCACCCUACAUUUUUCGUUUCUUAUUCGAUAAUCCAUUUCACUCGGUUGCACAUCACAAUAGUGAAGAAAGGAUCUGUCGCUACUUUCA